AUGUUCAUCCCCCUCAUCCUCCUCCUUGCCGCCUUUUGGGCCGCAAUUGGUGUCCUGCUCGCCCGCUGGCUCAAACAAGCAGGCUACGCCCGGCCGCUCAAGUUCACGGGCCGCGACUUGAAUUUGUACGGGGCGGGUACGGGGUUUGGGAGGGAGACAGGGUUUGAAGGGAGAGAGAGGAUGGAGGGGAGGGUGCUUGCGGGACAGGGGAGGGAUGUUAGGGGUGAAGUGGGAAGUCGUAUGGCGAGCACGUUGUGCGGACCUUGGCAGUGA